AUGUCUCAGAGAAGCGCUGCUCACACCUCAUUUUCUAUCCAGGACAUUUUGCAAAGGGGCUGCACUGACAUUAGAAGAAUGACAGGGAAAGCCAAGGGAUCACAGCUUCCAGGUAAACCUGGAGAAUCAGUGGAAAAUGUCACAUUAUAUUCAAACAGAUCCUUAAACCAGACAGAGAGUGACACCCAAAGCAACCUCACUGCAGACUUCACCAAAGAGGUCCCCAGCAAACACUUUCCCACUCAGUGCACAGAGAAUGGGAAACGGGAGGCAGAUUCUGAGACUGAGGACUUGUGGGAUGACAGAGAUCAGGAUUUAGCAGCAAAUGGGAGCCUGGCAGAUACUUCUGGGGAAAAUAUCAGUGACAGUCCAGAAGAUCACCAAAAACCCAGCAAGAAGAGGUCCCGGGCAGCAUUCUCUCAUGCUCAGGUCUAUGAACUGGAGAGAAGGUUUAAUCUGCAGAGAUACCUGUCUGGUCCGGAGAGAGCAGACCUGGCAGCUGCCCUUAAACUCACUGAGACACAAGUCAAGAUAUGGUUCCAGAACAGGAGAUACAAAACCAAAAGGAAGCUGAUUGCCACUCAACAAGCCACUAAGCUAUCUCAUGCCCCAGCCAAGAAGGUGGCAGUCAGGGUACUGGUGAGAGACGACCAGAGACAGUACUGCCCUGAUGAUGUGCUCAGCCCUUCCCUCCUCUCCCUGUACCAGGCCUACCAGUAUUACCCAUACAUGUACUGUCUGCCAGCCUGGGCCCCUCACGUAUCCCUCUGA